AUGAGUUCAGAUUGUUUUCGGAUUAGAAAGAUUUUAGAAGAGAACUGGAACGUAAUUCAAGGAAAUCAAGACAUUAUUAAAGUUGUUGGUUCUAAACCCAACUUUGUGUUUCGAAAAAACAACACAUUGAAAAUGAUUUUAGAGAGAGCUAGUACUCAUAAUACGGUGUCCACUAUUAGUAGUAAAAAAGGAAAACCUUCCCCUCCAUCAAUUUCUGGACCAAAUCAGCAAGUUUGGCUUAACUCAUAUGUGACAUUAAGCUGUCUGUCAGCAGGAUUUUACCCUAAAGAGAUCAGCAUUACUUGGUGGCAGAAUGAGAUGGAGUUUCAGAACGAAACAAUAACUGUCUCUUCAUAUAAUGGAAACAAGACAUAUGAAGUACAAAGUAACAUCACAGUUCAAGCAAAAAUCGACUCAUCAUUUACAUGCAGAAUUAAUCAUACAGCAUUACAGCAACCUAUGAAUUCAACCUUCCAAAUAACUAAUAUUGUGAAUGAUCCUUCCUCUCCAUCAAUUUCUGGACCAAGGGAGCGAGUCUUGCUAAAUACAAGCAUGGCAUUAACCUGUACAUCAGAAGGAUUUUACCCAAAAGAUAUCAAUGUUACCUGGUGGCAGAAUGGAGCUGAGAUUAAAGAAUCCAAGCAAGAUGUUACUUUAUAUGGAAUAAACCAGACAUACAAAGUACAAAGUAACAUCACUGUUCCAGGAAAAAUAGACUCAACUGUUACCUGCAGAAUUAAUCACAGAGCAUUACAGCAGCCUAAAGAGGCGAUCUUCAACAUGAAUGAUUUAUUGAAAGGAAUACCUUCUCAUCCAUCAAUUUCUGGACCAACAGCACAAGUAGUGCUUAAUACCAAUGUGACCUUACGCUGUGCAUCACAAGGAUUUUAUCCACGAGAGAUCAAUGUUACCUGGUUACAGCAUGGCAGGGAGCUUCAGGGUUCCACAUCAGAUAUACAUUUAUAUGGCAAAGAGAAGACAUACCGAGUACUAAGUAACAUCACUGUUCCAGCAAAAAUAGACUCACCUGUUACCUGCAGAAUUAAUCAUACAGCAUUAGACCAACCUGUAAAUUCAACCUUUGAAAUGAAUAGUAUUGUGGAAGGUAAGCUGUCUUUUCUUAUUUAA